AUGGAUGAUCAUUAUAUCAAAUCAGAUACUGUUAAAAAUAUAUCUAAUGAUCAAAACAAAGAAGAACGAAACAAUGCUUCUCAAAACAAACUUUCUCCAAUUCGUCCAACAACUUUAAAUAUGACAACAAUAAAUACGACUUCGCAAGGAAAUAUUCAACGUUAUAAUAUUGAUAAUAUUCAUAUGACUCCAUCGCCUACAGAUAUUCAACCUCGUAUAUUUCAAGCAGGCUCAUUAUUCGAUUUAGAAACAUUUGAACGUAUAAAAUUAAAUGCUAAUGAUCGAACAAAAAAAACUAUGAUAAAAAAAGAAACAGACGAAGACAAUGAUAAUGAAGAAGUUUUCGAUCAUAUUUCAAAUCCAACAACAACAAAUGAAAUCAAACGUUUAACUCAAUUAAUUAUUCAUGAACGACCCGGACAUCGCAAUGAAGUUGCUGAUAUUCUUCUUGAUUUGAUAGGUUUAGUAAAUAAUACAAUUACAACAACAACAACAACAACAACUGUAUCAACUAUGAUAGAUGCCAAUGAUAUAAAUAUUGACGAGAACAAAACAUCAUCAAAAAUGAACAUUUCUUCACAUCCAUAUACACCUUUAAAUCAAACAGGUAUUGUGGCUGAGCAUGAUCGACCAUAUGCCGAUUAUGGCCAUCUUGAUGCAAAAACGAUUGCUGAGGAAUGCAAUUUUAAUCUCGCUGGUGAAGCUAAUAUUUUAUCGUCUGAUGAUAAUGAUACUGAAGAGCAUCACGUACAUCCAACUGCAAAGAAACGAUUAUCUACUAAAUCAUUUGCCAUUACUAGUUGGACAAAUGUAUCAAAAGAAAUUGUUAUGAAUGAAAUUAAACAACAAUUUGGUAUUGAAAAAAUACAAUAUGUAUGUGUUGCAAAAGAGAUUAAUACACAAACAAAUAAAACUCAUCUUCAUAUACAAAUUAUUCUUAAAGAAAAAGGAAAAAAAAGAAGUGGAUUUCUUGAUAAAAUAACAAACACUCAUUGUAAUUAUCAAGUAACAGUUAAUGAUCGAGCUUGGAAUGCAUAUAUUAAAAAAGGUUCAGAUUACAUUGAAUUUCGUAGUUUUAAAUCAACUACGAAACGUGCUGUUCAAUAUUGGCCAUCUCAAUCACCACCACCACCACCACCACCGCCAUCACCAUCUGUAGCAUCCAAUAUGGUACCAUUACAUUCUACAAUAACUACUAUCAAUCCUCUUCCUGCUCCUCUUACGACGACAAUUACGACAACUACUGUUCAAGGAGGACGAACAGGAGCAGCAGCACCAGAGAUGAAGCAAAAACACAAAGAAGUCGUCGCAAGACAUGCAUUUCAUAUAGCUAAAUCUAAUGUCAAUGAUGCUUUAAUAUUUAUGCGAGACAAUUCAAUUCCAACUGAAUUUCUUCGAUAUUCUACAUGGUAUAAAAAUACAUUUACUCUUAUUUAUUUAUUAGAACAAUAUGAAAAAGCUAAAAUUAAACAAAAUCUCAAAGUAAUCUAUAAAUGGCCAGAAUCAUUUCCUCAUUGUACACCAACAUUACGUGAAGUCGUCAAUAGUUGGAUCCGAGACGAAUUACAUCGUACAUCACGAGCUAAAUGUUUAAUACUAAUUGGACCAACUGGUACUGGAAAAACAACAUUUGCUAAAUCAUUACCUGGUCAAUACAUUUAUUUCAAAGGACGAUGGCGAUUAAAUACUUGGAAUGAUUCUGCUGAUUAUUUAAUUUUUGAUGAUAUUGAGUGGGAUCGAUAUGAAGAAUUAGGUUUUCCUCUUAAAAAAGAUUUAUUAACACAAAAUGGCGUCACCAUUACAACAGAUAAAUAUGAAAAAACUAGAGAAAUCGAUGUUACACAACCAGCUAUUGUUCUUCUAAAUCCAGGUCGACCAGAAGGAGCAUUAGGACGUCAACCAAUUUCAUACGAAGAUCAAUGUGAAAAUUCAUUUUGGCAACAACGAGCCGUAAUUUAUCGAAUGGGUCCUAAUGAAUAUUUUUAUAAACCAAAUUAUGAGCAAGACAAUACCGUCAAUGCAAUAUCAAAUAAUCCAUCCAUGAGUACUAAUCAAGAACAUAUUGAUCGUGAUAGUACAUACGAUAUAUUUGAUGAACUCAUUGAACGUUCUCGACAUCAGCAUCUUAAAAAAAAAACAUAG